AUGUUCUUCUGUCGUGUAUUUGUGCUGAUCCUGUCCGUGCUGGCUACCGCCUGUGUUGUUUGUGCAAACCUAUUUGAUGUAUUUCGUAGAGACAUCGGUGGCGGAAGUACAAAGCAGACGCUCUGGUACAGCAAGGCGACCGUGGGCUCUGGUAUUAAGGAUUUGGUGAGGGAUAGCCUGUGUAACGAAUACAAGCUCUUCUUUCAGAUCAGUGAGGGUGUUGCAGUGGGCGGUGCUGCCAUUGGCUUCAUUGUCUUGAUUCUCGCCAUUGUCCGGUUGUUUAUGGGGCGUGGGAGCUGCUUUCUCAGGUGCUUUAUUUUAUUCCUGACAUCCGCCGCGUUUGCCGGGUGUGGAGCCUGUGUGGGUCUUCUCGUGUUUGGAUAUAUGCAAGGCUACUGUCAGAACGACGAUUCCCUGAGGGACGCAUAUGCUCCGUUCAAGGACCGUGGAUACGAAUUCGUAGAGGGAUUCUACCUUAUUUGUGUUGCAUGUGGGCUGUUUCUCUUUGUCAACUUUUUCCAGUGCUGCGCGUAG